AAUGCGUGAAUGUAUCUCCAUUCAUGUGGGCCAAGCUGGGGCUCAGAUUGGCAAUGCAUGUUGGGAGCUGUACUGCCUGGAACAUGGAAUCCAACCAGAUGGACAGGUGCCCACUGAAAAGAAUAUUAGAGGAGGAGAUGAUUCCUUCAGCACCUUCUUCAGCGAAACAGGGGCAGGGAAGCACGUUCCCAGAGCAAUCUUUGUCGACUUGGAACCUACUGUUAUCGAUGAGGUGCGUACAGGAACUUACCGUCAGUUGUUCCACCCUGAGCAGCUGAUUACAGGAAAGGAGGAUGCUGCUAACAACUAUGCUCGUGGACACUACACCAUUGGCAAAGAAAUUAUUGAUCUGGUUCUGGACAGGACUCGUAAACUGGCGGAUCAGUGCACCGGCCUGCAGGGAUUCCUCAUCUUCCACUCCUUUGGUGGAGGCACCGGCUCUGGUUUCACCUCCCUGCUGAUGGAGAGACUUUCUGUUGAUUAUGGUAAAAAGUCUAAGCUUGAGUUCGCCAUCUACCCAGCCCCUCAGGUUUCCACAGCUGUAGUGGAGCCUUACAACUCCAUCCUGACCACUCACACCACCUUGGAGCACUCCGACUGUGCCUUCAUGGUAGACAAUGAGGCCAUCUACGACAUCUGCCGAAGAAACCUUGAUAUUGAACGCCCAUCGUACACCAACCUCAACCGUCUCAUCAGCCAAAUAGUGUCUUCCAUCACAGCCUCCCUUCGCUUUGAUGGAGCCCUGAAUGUUGACCUGACGGAGUUCCAGACCAAUUUGGUGCCCUACCCUCGUAUCCACUUCCCUCUGGCCACCUACGCUCCAGUCAUCUCUGCUGAGAAAGCCUACCAUGAGCAGCUGUCUGUUGCUGACAUUACCAAUACCUGCUUUGAGCCAGCCAAUCAGAUGGUGAAGUGUGACCCUCGUCAUGGUAAAUACAUGGCCUGCUGUCUGCUGUAUCGUGGCGAUGUGGUGCCCAAAGAUGUCAACUCUGCCAUUGCCGCCAUCAAGACAAAACGCACCAUCCAGUUUGUUGACUGGUGCCCAACAGGCUUCAAGGUGGGCAUCAACUACCAGCCUCCAACAGUGGUUCCUGGAGGAGACCUGGCCAAGGUGCAGAGGGCUGUGUGCAUGCUGAGCAACACCACGGCCAUCGCCGAGGCCUGGGCCCGUCUCGACCACAAGUUUGACCUCAUGUAUGCCAAGAGAGCUUUUGUCCACUGGUAUGUUGGGGAGGGCAUGGAGGAGGGAGAGUUUGCAGAAGCUAGGGAAGAUAUGGCUGCCCUGGAGAAGGAUUAUGAAGAGGUUGGUACUGACAACAUUGGGGAAGAGGAUGAAGGAGAGGAGUACUGACUACCCUAAAGCCUG